ACCAGCCACUUCAGUUGUCCUUUGAGCCUGCAAACGUAAACAUGUUGACCAACAACGAGCUAAUGGAGCAGUUCUACUUCCCCGACGAAACACCGGCGAUUCCCGAGUUCCUGGGCAACGAUACCUUCCAGCAGUUGGAGCAGCUCAUGUACCAGCAGGAGUUCAGCACCAGCGACAGCCAGUCGGACGGAGCGAACAGUUGCUCCUUGGAGAUGUAUUACGAUACGCCAUCUGUCCUGGAAUUGGAGCAUAUGCUGAGUGCCCAGGAGCAACAGCAGCAGCAUCAAGCGAAUCCCUUGGGCAAGAGUCAAGGCAGAAGUCCAAGAUACUGGAGCAAGCAGCAGAGGAGCAAGCCGUACGACAAGCUGUCCACUUCCAUGUCAUCAUCUGCAUCCUCCGCCUCUUCGAGCAGUUCGUCCGCGGGUUUCGGAGGCGAAGUCCUUAAAAAGCGGCGACUGGCGGCCAAUGCUCGGGAACGCAGGCGGAUGAACAGCCUGAACGAUGCCUUCGACAAGUUGAGGGACGUGGUUCCGUCUCUGGGCCACGACCGGCGACUGUCCAAAUACGAAACUCUCCAAAUGGCGCAGGCUUACAUCGGGGAUCUGGUCACGUUGUUGUCCAGAGACUACUAGCCAGUUUGGGCGGUCCCUUAUCCUUCCCCAAAUGGAAGUUCCUUUGCGGGCUGUGUUGCAGCAACACCUUCAUCCUAGUGGAAAACUUAUAAAGGCUGUUAGUUUUACGUUUAUUAUCAUAGUUGUAAAUAAUUCAAAGCAAUAAUUUUCUAAUAAAAAUCAAAAGAAUAUAUGUAUAAUGGAAUAAUGGAAUGAAAAUAAUGUCCUGGGAAUAAGUUCGAACUUGGUUUGAAUUCUAUCUUUGAAUAGGAAUUUUGCGCUGGUACAUAUACAGAACUUAGAGAACAUAUUUUUAAAUAGUAUAAGAAGAACAAAAUUGGUGUGCAUAUCAUUAACUAUUUAAAAA